UAUGGUCGCGUGCGCGGAUGUUUACGUUUUUGGCGCCGCUCGACAACCGUCGUCCCUUAACGCGCGCGGGGUGUGCGCAUUUGCACACCGAGCAGAAACUACGACCAACUCUCAUCGCUCCGACGCCAAAAUUGAGGACAUUUUUGAGGGAAAGUCGACCGCGGCGAUGAAGGAAAACAACAGCCCGACGCUCUCCGACGAAGACGACGCGGACGAGGUGGCGUCGUCGUCGUCGUCGACGGCGUCGUCCAGGUCGGGUUCGUCGGCCUCCGGAGGCGAGUGCGGCGGUGGCGGCGUAGAGUACGCGGGGACGCUGAGCAAGUGGACCAACUACCUGCACGGCUGGCAGGAGCGAUACGUGAUGCUUGCGAACGGCACGCUGAGCUACUACAAGUCUGAGCACGACACCGAGUUUGGAUGCCGAGGCUCCGUGUGCCUCGGGAAGGCGCUUAUCACGCCGCAUGAAUUUGACGAAUGUCGAUUUGACGUCCGAGUCAACGACAACGUCUGGUACAUGAGGGCGGAAGAUGCCGAGGAGAGGAGAGUUUGGAUGGAUAUCCUGGAACAGAGCAAGCAAGAAAUCAUCAACGGCUCGGACUUUAACUUGCGCCGCCAUGGCUCCUUGGCCUCCAUCCUGUCGACCACCAGUGCCUUUUCUACCACCUCCAUAUCCUCUUUCAAGCGGACACGGGGGCUGAGGGAGAAGCUGGCGGAGCUGGAGACGUUUCGGGACAUCCUGUGCCGCCAGGUGGAGACACUGCAGAAGUAUUUUGACGCCUGCGCCGACUCCAGCAGCCUCGACGUCCUGCACCGUGAUCGUGCUGCGGGCGAUGAUGAUGAUAUUCUACAUGAGUCAGGUGUGCACGGACCCCACCUCCUGAAUGGCAACAGCGGGCACAAGGAGAAACGUGAGAUGUGCUUCACGGGCCCCGGCGGCCGCGUCAACGGCCUGGACUUCAAGGGCGAGGCCAUCACAUUCAAAGCGACAACGGCGGGGAUCCUGGCCACCCUGUCCCACUGCGUGGAGCUCAUGAGCAAGUGCGACGAGAGCUGGCAGAAGCGGCUCGAUCGGGAGGUGGAGAAGAGGCGGCGGGCGGAAGAGGCUUACAGGAACACCUUGGAGGAGCUCAAGAAGAAAUCCUACUUCAACGGACCCGAUUACGAGGAAGGGCCCAACAGCAUCAUAAAGGACGAUGAGUUUUUUGACGCAGUGGAGGCUGCCCUGGAUAGGCAAGACAAAAUCGAGGAACAGUACCAAGUGGAGAGAUCACGGACUCAACCACUGUCAUCAGUGAGUUCCACGGAGUUGUUCACGACAACUGGCCAGCAUCGUUACACGCAACAGGUGGAGGAGGUGAUCCAGAGACACAUGCAGUACUCCCUGCAGGACGUGGGCGGGGACGCGAACUGGCAGCUGCUGGUGGAGGAAGGGGAGAUGAAGGUGUACCGCCGCGAAGAGGAGGAGAACGGCGUGGUGCUGGAUCCGCUGAAGGCGACGCACUGCGUGCGCGGCGUGACGGGCCGCGAGGUGUGCCACUACUUCUGGGACGUCGAGUACCGCAACGACUGGGAGACAACCAUCGAAGGCUUGAACGUUGUGGAAGUUCUGUCAGCGAACACACUGCUCGUCCACCAAACCCACAAGCGCGUGUGGCCGGCCUCUCAGCGCGACAUCCUCUUCCUCUCGUGCCUCAAGAAGGUGCCGGUGCCGCCCGUGUCGUCUGCUGCCCCGCCGGGUUGCCCCGGCGGUGCCAACGAUAACGACGGGGGCGUCGGCGCGCACGACACGUGGAUCACGUGCAACUUCUCCAUCGAUCACCCCGCGGUGCCCGUGACGAACCAGGCAAUCCGCGCCAAGAUCAACGUCGCCAUCAUCUGUCAGACAUUUGUGGACCCACGUGCUCCGCCCGACGGCCACCUUCGGGAGCACCUGCAGUGCCGGAUCACCUACGUGGCCAACGUGAACCCGGGGGGUUGGGCACCAGCAUCGGUGAUGCGUACAGUGGCGAGGAGAGAAUACCCACGCUUCCUGCGGCGCUUCACCUCUUACGUGCAGGAGAGGACACGUGACAAGUCGGUCAUGCUCUAGCCGGAAGCACCUGGCUAUCGAUGAUUCCCACUGCAGAGGUGAAUGUGUUGGAAAUUGGGGGGGGGGGGAAAACAUCCUUGUUUCUCUUUUAAAUCUACUUACAGUAUUCGCUGCUAAAGUAUACAAAUCUAACACUUGGGUUAUUUGUAUAUAUUUUUCGUAUUUUCGAAAAGCCACUUUAUACGUUCACUAAAGGGAGAAAUGCCGAACAAGUUUCGUAUUUACGCGUUUGCAUUUUAGGCGAGCCUAGGCUGUGGAUGUUGCCGCGUCCGUGUCCGCCGCGCUUGUGUUCGGCUAGUGGAGGAGCGACCUGAGGAUUUGCCAUACUCGUUUUCAUUGCACUGUUUGGGAGCGGCAGCGCGCCUGCCCGCCCGCCUGCCUAUCGUAAACUACCGCACCGUGUGCGUAAGCGUGCGGUGCCACCUAGCGCAUACCCGUCAACCCAUGCGGUUUACCCGUAUUCUUGUACAGGGAAAUUGAGCGUGUAAAAAAAAAAUGUGUUGUCUAUUUGUUUGUGAUUUUUUUCGCUUGUGAUUUGACUUUGCAGGAUGAAUGUUGAGAUUGAUAAGGGGGCACGGGGUGACCAAUGAGGUCCGAAUUGGUCUGUAAUAAGGUCGGCACUGAUCAGGGGUUGACAGGUUUGCGAGCGGAACCGUCACACCUAACCCCAGUGGGUGUCGUCGUCAAGUUGACGAGCGAUUGCUUAAAAAAAAAACUACAGCUGUGACAGACGUUAAGAAUUUUAAAGUGUGUACAUAUACUGUAUUUUAUUUUCUAUUUUGCCCAAAGUGGUCGAGAAUGUAUAUUUUUUUGGUGAUGGUUCAACGUUAACACCGGGUUUGAUUAAAUAAAGGGUACAAUGUA